GCUAUGCCCAGUCCCGGCGCCGCGCUCGGCCGCGGAGGAGGCGGCCGGCCGGGGCGGCGGCGGCGCUGCGUGCGCCAAGGGGAAGCCGAGCCUGCCAAGCUGGCGCCCGGCGGGGCCAUGGUGGCCGGCGCCCGCGGCGGCUGCGCGCAGGCGGGGGCUGCUCGGCGUGGCCUCCUGGCCCUGCUGCUCGCUGUCUCCGCGCCGCUCUGGCUGCAGGCGGAGGAGCUGGGUGAUGGCUGUGGGCACAUAGUGACGUACAAGGACAGUGGCACCAUGACAUCUAAGAAUUAUCCAGGGACUUACCCCAAUCACACCGUUUGUGAAAAGACGAUCACAGUACCAAAGGGGAAGAGAUUGAUUCUGAGGUUGGGCGAUUUGGAUAUUGAAUCCCAGACCUGUGCUUCUGACUACCUUCUGUUCACUAGCUCUUCAGAUCAAUAUGGUCCGUAUUGUGGAAGCAUGACUGUGCCCAAAGAACUUUUGCUGAACACCAAUGAAGUAACUGUUCGCUUUGAGAGUGGAUCCCACAUUUCCGGGCGGGGUUUUUUGCUAACCUAUGCCAGCAGCGACCAUCCAGAUUUAAUAACGUGUUUGGAACGAGCUAACCAUUAUUUGAAGACAGAAUACAGCAAGUUCUGCCCAGCUGGUUGUAGAGACAUAGCAGGAGAUAUUUCUGGGAAUGUGGUGCAUGGAUAUAGAGAUACCUCUUUACUAUGCAAAGCCGCCAUCCACGCAGGAGUAAUUGCAGAUGAAGUGGGCGGUCAGAUUGGUGUGCUUCUGCGCAGAGGCGUGAGUCGAUACGAAGGGAUCCUGGCCAAUGGUGUGCUCUCAAGGCAUGGUUCCCUGUCAGACAAGCGAUUUCUGUUUACCUCCAAUGGUUGCAGCAGAUCCUUGAGUUUGGAACCUGACCGGCAAAUCAGAGCUUCUUCUUCUUGGGAGUGGAUCAAUGAGACUGGAGAUCAGGUCCGUUGGUCUCCUGGCCAAGCCCGACUUCAGGACCAAGGCCCGUCAUGGGCUUCGGGGGACAGGAGCAAGAACCACAAACGAGAGUGGCUGAGGAUAGAUUUGGGAGAGAAAAAGAAAAUAACAGGAAUUAGGACCACUGGAUCCACACAGUCAAAUUUCAACUUUUAUGUAAAGAGUUUUGUAAUGAACUUCAGAAACAACAACUCCAAGUGGGAGACCUAUAAAGGAAUUGUGAAUAAUGAAGAAAAGGUGUUUCAGGGCAACUCUAAUUUUCGGGACCCUGUGCGGAACAAUUUCAUCCCUCCCAUUGUGGCCAGAUAUGUGCGUGUUAUCCCCCAGACGUGGCACCAGAGGAUAGCCUUGAAAGUGGAGCUCCUUGGCUGCCAGAUUGCACCAAGUAGGACUCAGGGUAAUGACUCAUUGGUGUGGAGCAAAACAAGUCUAAAUACUGUUGGUUCAACUAACAGAGAAGAAGAGACAAUCUUAAAACCCAUCCCCUCUGAAGAAAUGCCCAAAGGAUUAAACGUCGUAACUGUUGUCACUCCCCUGGUGCUCCUCGUCCUGCUGGUUGCUGGAGUGGGAAUCUUUGUAGUCCUUAGAAAGAGGAAGAAGAAAGGAAAUCCUUAUGGAUCAGCUAAGGCUCAGAAAACAGACUGUUGGAAGCAGAUCAAAUAUCCCUUUGCCAGGCAUCAGUCAGCUGAGUUUACCAUCAGCUACGAUAAUGAAAAGGAGAUAACACAAAAGUUGGAUCUCAUCACAAGUGAUAUGGCAGAUUACCAGCAGCCUCUCAUGAUUGGCACCGGAACGGUCGCCAGGAAGGGCUCUACCUUCCGGCCGAUGGACACCGAGGCCGACGAGGCGGGGCCGGCCGCCGAGGCUGGCGGCCACUACGACUGCCCCCUCCCGGCCGGCCGCCACGAGUACGCCCUGCCCUUGACCAACCCCGAGCCCGAGUACGCCACGCCCAUCGUGGAGCGGCACCUGGCCCGCGCGCACACCUUCUCGGCGCGGAGCGGCUACCGCGUGCCGGGGCCCGGGCCGGCGCACAAGCACUCCCUCUCCUCCGGCGCCUUCUCCCCGGCCGCCGGCUACCAGCUGCCGCUGAGCCCCGCGCCCGCGGACCCGGGCUACGACAAGCCCAAGGGCGGCGGCGGCGGCUGCGGCUCAGCCGCGGGGCGCGCCGAUCCCGCCUGUCAGAAGCCGCAGGUCAACCCCGCGACCAACGCUGCCUACUUGGCCCCCAGAGACUGCCUCAGACCCCUAAACCAGACGGCCAUGACCGCUCUUCUGUGAACACACUGUGAAUGAAAGCUGCUGUGGUACUGAGCGCCGGGCUGUGCGUGGCCCUGGAAGCGGCGAGAUGCGCGCGCGAGAGACUGUGUGUGUGUGUGUGUGUGUGUGUGUGUGUGCCCGCGUGUGUGUGCGCGCGCGCGUGUGGUUUAACAGGAUCCUGCGGUGGAGUCGUAGAGGCACCCCCCCCUCACUGUUUGUUUACAGAAUUGUGCAGCUGGUUUUGUUCUGACCCUUAGGGCGAGCGUCUGUUGGGUUUUGUGGGGCUAGAAAAAUGAAAGUUUUCAGAUGGCAUUUUUUCAUUUCUCUAACUGUGAUACCGAGCUGCUUCGGUGUAAAAUGUGCAAUCUGUACAGAGUUGUAUUUAACAAGAAUUAAAGUAACUUAAGUUUGCUUGCGCAGAUUUUGGUUCUACACGGAGGUUAUGUAGGAGAAUGCAGCUGUUGCAAAAACGUAUAUAAUAGUAUGUUCACUUUUUAAAGAUAUUUUAUCUGAUAGUGUGUUAGCAGCAGGUCUGUUUAAACUUAAUCUUGUUCUUAUUAUGGCUCAUUUCCUUUCCUUUGAUAUCGAGAACUAAAAGCAUUGUUAACAUUCUUCUCCUGGAAGGAAUGAAAUUACUUGAAGCAAGAAAAGCACACCAGGGUGGUUGUUUGUUUGCAAUUAUGACUGUAGAUUAAAAAGAACAAACAAAAUCCACCACCUCAGCAGCUGCCAGUUCCUUAGGCUCCACUUCAGGUGGGGGUGUGCCGCGGCCGGUCAAGGCGUGCAAGGAGCAGGAGGUCUCUGAAGCCUGCAGGGGGCCUCACUGCCCGCAGCCUGUGGGACCUGGCUCCUGAGCAGCUGGCCUUCACACUUUGCUUCUUGCUCACCUCAGGCCUGGCAGACAUUUGCUUUCACAUGCAAAUCUGCCUUUUCAAACUGUCUGCAAAGCCAAAUGCUCAGACUUAACGGCAACCAAAACUGCUCUCUCAACAAACUGAAUGAAGGUAGCACAGCAAUUAUGCUGUAAAUUACUGUGUCAGAUGCUUUUGUACCUCAGGUUAAAAAUAUUGCUGAGGUCAGACACCCACACUUUCAUGACUUUCUUCAGAAAUAGCACAUCGUACUCUGAAACACAAAAAAGUUACUUGACAUGUGUUCUUACAAAAGUGACUGAGGCCCAAUCUACAUAGAGCUUUUCUACUGAGAUGGUUGGAAACUGAACUAAUUUUGUAAGAAAAAAUUUCCCCUCGAGUAUGUGUCUGUAAUUCCAGAUUAGCCCAGACUUCAGCUGUACCUCAUGUUCAGUGGUUUUUAUCUGAGUUUGCUUUGUGAGUUCACUGUGGGGGGAUUUAACCUCUUUUGCCAAAGAGGAAAGUGUAUGUUUGUUUGUUUUAAUAGAAAAUGUGGACCAAAAAGAUCCUUUCCCUAAAAAUGUAUUAUAAUCCUAUUUGCAUGACUGACUUUCUGUGAAACAUAAAUUUUAGAAUACUGAGGUGCUGGAAGGUCACAGCAGACUAUCUGUGGUUAUUGUGGAGGUUAAACCAUUUACCUUGUGAGUUUACAUGGUUUUCUACGAAUACUAAUUGCAAUAAACUAUGCCAAACCAA